ACGAGUCCGCUGCUCAGACCCUGACGCCAUUGGAGCCCCCCAUUUAGCUCUCGAACCCUCCUCCCCAAAACCCUAAUCUCCGAUUCCAUAACCCCCGGCUCCCCCGAUCCAUCGCCAUGACUCCGCGAUCCUCUUCUCCUCCUCCCGAUCUCAUCCACGUCUUCUGGCACGAGGGCAUGCUCGCCCACGACGCCGGCACCGGCGUCUUCGACACCGGCAUCGACCCUGGUUUCCUCGAGGUCUUGGAGAAGCAUCCGGAGAACGCGGACCGGGUAAGGAACAUGGUCUCUAUCCUCCGCAAAGGCCCCAUCGCCCCCUUCAUCUCGUGGCACUCUGGUCGGCCCGCCCACGUCUCCGAGCUCCUCUCUUUUCACUCCCCAGAAUACAUAGAGGAACUUGCACAAGCCAAUGGAGCUGGAAGCAAAGAGCUCUGUGCUGGAACUUUUCUGAACCCUGGGUCCUGGGGUGCUGCCCUUCUGGCUGCUGGAACCACAUUAUCAGCAAUGAAGUAUAUAUUAGAUGGACACGGGAAGCUUGCUUAUGCUUUAGUACGUCCGCCUGGUCAUCAUGCACAGCCUUGUCAAGCUGAUGGUUACUGCUUUCUAAAUAAUGCUGGGCUUGCAGUACAACUUGCUCUAGAUUCUGGCUUCAGAAAGGUUGCCGUAAUUGACAUUGAUGUCCAUUAUGGCAAUGGCACAGCUGAAGGAUUUUAUCGCUCAGAUAAUGUUCUUACUAUCUCCCUUCACAUGAAUCAUGGUUCCUGGGGUCCAUCACAUCCUCAGAGUGGCUCCAUUAAUGAAGUUGGUGAAAGCAAUGGAUUUGGGUACAAUCUGAAUAUUCCUUUACCUAAUGGAACAGGGGAUGAAGGGUAUGCAUAUGCAAUGAAAGAAUUGGUUUCUCCAGCUGUUCAAGUAUUCGAACCCAUGCUAAUUGUUUUGGUUGUUGGUCAGGAUUCUAGUGCGUUUGAUCCAAAUGGAAGGCAAUGCCUGACAAUGGAAGGUUACAGGAAGAUUGGGCAAAUUGUUCGCAGAUUGGCUGAUACCUCUACCGAUGGAUGCAUCCUGAUUGUUCAGGAAGGAGGGUAUCAUGUAACAUACUCAGCUUACUGUCUCCAUGCAACACUAGAAGGUGUUCUUAAACUUCCAGCUCCGCUACUAUCAGACCCUAUUGCUUAUUACCCUGAGGACAAGGCAUACACUGUCAAAGUUGUUGAUGCCAUCAAGAAAUAUUGGAAAGAAUCCAUUCCAUUCUUGAAGGAUCUUUACAGAGAUUAAGUGGUGCUGCUGUGUUGAUGGUUUUGUAAAAGAAUUUUUUGGAAGGAAAUACUAAAGAGGGUAAGCCUUGGUAACCUGUGAGAUUGCUUAAUCGUGACUUGGAGGUCACGGUUUCAGAACACAGAAACAGCCUACACAUUGGGCUGUUCUUUUACUAUUUCCUCCAGGUCCGACGAGCUGAUUUUAUUCUGAACUUCUCUUGUGACAUGCGAUAUUUUGUGGAUACGUCCCCUUUUCAUAUGCCGGCUUCCUCUUUUAUAUCAGGCAGCUCUGUAAAUGGUGUGGUAGUUUGAGUGGAGUCAGGGAACUGAAUUUGACACAGGAUUUAAGUAAAUCAACCCAUUGUCUCGACUGGGAGGCUAAACUGAACAACUUUCUUUAAUUCAGUACCGUUUUUGGAUGUAAUAAUAUCUUCAUUAGUAAGCCUAGACAGAAGGGGAUGGAGGAAUGCGGAGCACUACCACAAUAUAUAAUUCUAGGAACUUGCUCUUUCUUUUGUUUAGGCAUGUACUGUUUCAUCUGCAAUAUAGUGAGGUGAAAAUAUAUUAUGUCGUACUUUUCUUAAGUAGAUCAUUUUGAUGUACAUAUGUUGAUCUUGUGCAAUUUGUAAGUAAAAUAUAUACUUUUCUUUUGGCACUAGUUA